GACUGUGGUUUGUUGUCUCACGGUCUCACCUCAGUUCAGAGGUUGAGUGUAAAUAAUCGGGCGUUGCGUCCAAGACGAAUAGAAAUGUGGAACUGACACGCCCAAAUGGGACAACGUUUCUCAGCAUCCUAGGUGACAAACAGGCGCUUGGGUGUGGAGAUAUGAAUAAACCCAAAAUGUCUUCGGAGAAAGGUGUUCCCAGCAGCUCCAGGGUGCUGAUGUUGCUGGGCCAGCUUGAGAGAAUGAAUGGAGAGGCCAUGCUGUCAGACGCAGAUAUCAGCCGGCAGAUCACCAGCAAGAUUCUGCAUCUCAUCCAGACGCAGGAGAAGACCAGGAAGGAGCUGACCACUAAGGGCUCUGGUGGAAUGGAGGUCAUCCUGGCCUCUCUGGAGAACACACGGGACCUGCAGACCAUCUUGAACAUCCUGAACAUCUUGAAUGAACUGCUGAGUGUAGGUGGAGGCAGGAGGAUAGGAGUGUGUGUGAGUAAAGGUGGUACAGGUGUGCUCCUGCAGCUGUUGAUCAGCUCCAGUAAGGAAUCUCCACCCAACGAGGACCUCAUGCUGCAUGUCCAUUCCCUGCUGGCCAAAAUAGGACCCAAAGAUAGGAAGUUUGGUGUGAAGGCUCGUCUGACCGGAGCUCUUAACGUGACCGUUAACCUCCUGAAGCAGAAUGUCCACAACAACAAACUCCUGCUGCCAUGCCUGCAAGUGCUGCGUGUCUACUCUGCCAACUCGGUGAAUGCAGUCUCAUUAGGAAAGAAUGGAGUUGUGGAGCUGAUGUUUAAAGUCAUUGGACCCUACAGCAAGAAGAACACCAGUGUCAUGAAAGUGGCGUUGGACACACUGGGAGCAUUGCUGAAAUCCAAGAUGAAUGCCCGGCGUGCCGUAGAGAGGGCUCAAGUGUCCACCCUGCUGGCCAUCUACCAGGACUGGCACCGCAACGACACCCGCCACCGCCACACGCUCAUCCGCAAGAGCAUUCUGGGAUGCCUGAAGAACGUGACCAAUAGCAAGCUGGGCAGGAAGGCCUUCAUCGAGGCCGACGGCAUGAGAAUCCUCUACAACACAUCCACUGAGUGCCUGCCUGUGCGGACUCUGGACUCGCUGGUCAGCACGUCCAGUCUGAUCAUGAGGAAGUGCUUCCCUAAGAACCGGCUGCCGCUGCCCACCAUUAAGAGCGUCUAUCAGCACGACCUGCCCCAUGUGCCUGCAGGAGGCCCUGUGGCACAGCUCUACAACCAGCCCCCCGGGGUGGACGACGUGGUGGAUGAGAGUGACGAUAACGAGGACAUGGAGCCGGACACGGAGAACGACACGGAGAACGAAGAGGACGAGAAGGACAAGGGACAGAAUGAUGACAUUGAGACGGACAUUGCUAAGCUGCGUCCGAGGCAGGUGCAGACUCGGCCCUUUGAUGAGCUGAGGGUGUACGAGCGCUUCUUUCUGGAAUUUUCUGAGGACUUUCAGGAUUUCGACUUGACCAAUUCCAAGGCGGGCGUUGGCGUGACGCCAGCCCCUCCCCUCCCCAAACCCCCCAGGCCGGUCAUGGUGCCCACGGGCCAGACCCCGCCCAAGGGCCCCCCCGAGGCCGAGCUCAAGUCCUGCCGGCCGGAGAAGGGCGAGCCGCGGCCGCCGGGGCCCCUGGAGCUGGACAACAUCAGCCUGAGCCGCGCGCCCGAGAAGCUGCUCCAGAGCGAGAGCCCCAGCCCCAGCCCAGGGCCCGGCCACAGCCCCGCGGCCCCCGACCGCACCCCGCCGCUGGGGCCCACGGCCGCGCCACCACCACGGGCCCCCGACGCCCUGGAGCUGGAGCUGAGCAGCAGCCUGAACCGGCUGGCCCUGGAUGGAGGAGGUGGAGGAGGGGGCAGUGGGAGCAGCGGGACGGGCGGGGGCCCGGAGGACGGCGUGCUGGAGGUGCCCGACACGGCGGCGCUGCUGCCGCUGCACGACCCCGAGCUCUACGUGCAGGUGGCCAAGGGAACGCGCUCCGUGCCCAGCUACACGGAGGUGGCGUACCCGGACUACUGCGGGCACCUGGCGCCCAGCACACCUGAGCCCAUCCUGGAGAGAGUGUACGGAGUACAGAGGACCAAGAUCUUUCAGGACAUUGAGCGUCUCAUCCACCCCAGUGACAUCCUGGAUAAAGUAGUCUAUGACCUUGACCUGCAGAGCUGUCCGGUCAUCGAUGACGGAGAGACGCUCAAGUUCAACUCCCAGUUUGAGUCUGGGAACCUGCGGAAGGCCGUCCAAGUCAGGAAGUUUGAGUAUGAUUUAAUCCUGAACUCGGACAUCAACAGUAAUCACUACCAUCAGUGGUUCUACUUUGAAGUGAGCAGCAUGCGUGUAGGAACACCAUAUCGCUUCAACAUCAUCAACUGUGAGAAGGCCAACAGCCAGUUCAACUAUGGUAUGCAGGUGCUCAUGUACUCCGUACAGGAGGCCAUCAGUGGACGGCCACAGUGGGGAAGAACCGGCCAAGACAUCUGCUACUACAAGAACCAUUUCUCCAGGAGUUCCAUCGCGACGGGCGGCCAAAAGGGAAAAUCUUACUACACCAUGACCUUCACUGUGACCUUCCACCACAAGGAUGACGUCUGUUACUUCGCCUACCAUUACCCCUACACCUACUCCACACUAAAGAUGCACCUGCAGAAGCUGCAGGAGAAGUGUGGUGACGGGGUGUACCUGCGGGAGGACGUGCUGUGUGAGACGCUGGGGGGGAACCCCUGUCCUCUGCUCACCAUCACCGCCAUGCCCGACAGCACCAGCCCUACGCACCUCAACCACCUGCGGAGCCGUCCGGUUGUGUUCCUGUCGGCGCGUGUGCACCCGGGCGAGACCAAUGCCAGCUGGGUGAUGAAGGGCACGCUGGAGUUCCUGACGGGCAACUCCCCCCUGGCACACAGCCUGCGGGCAUGCUACCUCUUCAAGAUCAUCCCCAUGCUCAACCCAGACGGGGUCAUCAACGGCAGUCACCGCUGCUCUCUGAGUGGAGAGGACCUAAAUCGCCAGUGGCAGCAGCCCAGCCCUGAGCUGCACCCCACCAUCUUCCACGCCAAGGGCCUGCUGCAAUACCUCAACGCCAUCCAGAGGGCGCCACUGGUGUUCUGUGAUUACCAUGGCCACUCCCGUAAGAAGAAUGUCUUCAUGUAUGGAUGCAGUCUCAAGGAGACAGUCUGGCAGACCAACAUCAACGCCCCCUCAUGUGAACUACACGAAGACCUGGGCUACAGGACGCUGCCGAAGCUGCUGUCCCAGCUGGCGCCGGCCUUCAGCAUGUCCAGCUGCAGCUUCGUGGUGGAGCGCAGCAAAGAGGCCACGGCCCGCGUGGUGGUGUGGAGGGAGCUGGGCGUCCAGCGCAGCUACACCAUGGAGAGCACGCUCUGCGGCUGUGACCAGGGCAAAUACAAGGGUCUGCAGAUAGGCACGCGUGAGCUGGAGGAGAUGGGGGCUCAGCUGUGUGUGGCGCUGCUGCGGCUGCACAGACUCACCUCGCCACUGGAGCUGCACACACACUCUCACACACACACUCACCUGCUGGAGGCGGAGAACGAGCUCAUCGAGACGCACCGCUACCAUGUCAACGUCACCACCAGCCCCACCACGUACGUGUUGGCCGAGGACGAGCCGGUGCUGGAGGAGGUGGACUACAGCGCCGAGAGCGACACCGACCACGACCUUCAGGACCCCGCCGAGCCGCUGUCCGAUUCCGAGCUCAACGACAGGGACGCGCUCAGCUGAACGUCCCCUCAGCCCCCGCCUGCCCAUUCGCACAUUACACACCCAGACUUGCCAGGACACCAAAACCAAACCCGCCGAUACUCACGCUGUCCAGCCCGCUCUCCUGACCGCCGCCAUCGUCCAGUAGCCCGGUUCCAACCCGAACACUCACCUCACCUCACCUCACCUUUACUGCUCAGCCUUACUGGAACUCAGACUCACGUGAUUACCUGAACAGGCUUAUCUAGGUACCUGAACACCUGAGCACCUGUGUUACUUGAACACCUCUGUCUCACCAGGUCAACUGACCACUUUUGCCUCACCUUUGAACACCUGAAUGGCCCUGUUCACAUGACAGGAUAGAACAAAAACAUAACUAUGAAUUAACAGUAUUACAAAACACGUACGUACGCACACACACACCCUUGUACUCUUAGAGUAUGACGGUAUGCAUAUUACAGACGGCACAUUAGACCUGCUGCAGAAUUCCACAAGUAGAACAUGUGUUACAUGUACACACACAUGAGAUACACAGAACAUGAAUGUACUAUAAAGCCUUUCACUCUCCUGUAAAGCCUAUAUACGUGUACCCAUGCACUAAGCCAGGGCGGUAGGGCUCUCCUGCCAAGGGUUUUUCCUGAUGGGUCUAUGUUACUUCACGACAGUGAUUUUUGUGCACACAACACACACACAACACACACACACAACACACACACACACACACACACACACACACACACACACACACACACACACACACACACACACACACACACACACACACACACACACACACACACACAUACCUGUACUACUUUCUGUCUCUGCACCUGUCUUUGGGAGAUGAUGUCAUUGUAACAAUGUCCAUGGAGAGGACAUGCCUGUGGAGAUCUUGUUGCUGUGGAGACGAUGUUCCAAUGGGAAAGGAUAUAUUUUUUUGUUUGUCUGUCUUUGUUUGUUUUAGCUGUAGAUAUUUGGGUUGUUCUUGUACAGUAGUGCAUGACUUCUGAAUGUUGCCUUUCUUAAUUUAUUUCUUUGUUUUAUUGAUUUUUGUGAUAAAGCCCUGUGUCACCACGUCCAGUGAGAGUGUGAGAGUGACUGCAAGUAAGCUAGCGUGCGUGUUUGUGGGAAUGACUGUUGGAAGUGCCCAAAUAUUUGUGUGGAGACUAAAUACACAGCAAACAAAAAUGUGAUGUUAGCUUUGAUGGCGCUACGUAACAUGUGAACGACGUCAGUGGAAUUAUGGGAAAUAAAAGCAGGAGACUGCCUGGCCACUGCUCAGCCUCCUCACAA